AUGCCUCCUCCAGGAAAGAACGGACAUCGUGAGCAGAAAUUGGUAGUUGUAGGCGGUGGUGGUGUCGGUAAAUCGGCAUUGACGAUCCGAUUCGUAACUUCCCAAUUCUACGAUCAAGGUUAUAACCCCACUAUAGAAGACUCGUACAAGCGACAAUUCGUAGUGGAUGAUGAAGCAGUUACUUUGGAAAUAUUGGAUACAGCUGGACAAGAGGAAUUCGCGGCGAUGGCAGAUCAAUGGUACACUUUCGGAGCGGGCUUUUUAUUGGUAUAUUCCAUAACGGAUCGACCGACUUUCGAAUCUUUACCGAACUUUCAUAGGGAGAUACUAAGAGUGAAAGAUAAAGAUUAUGUACCCUGUGUGGUAGUUUCCAACAAGUGCGAUUUAUCGAGACUUCGAGCAGUAGGUCAACUCGAGGGUCGAGAGCUGGCCAGAUCACUUUCUGCGCCAUUCAUAGAAUGUUCAGCAGCAGAUGGAGUUAAUGUAGAAGUGGCUUUCAGGGAAUUGGUCAAGCUGGUAAGGAAGGAUCAAAGGCGUCAAAUGCUAUUAGACCAAUCUCUAGGUAUACUGCCGCCCAACGAGGAUCUCACAAUGGCUACACAGUCAAAUAUUCAUGCUCACGAGAAACGUCGGAGGAAAGACGAUCUGGAUGAUUCAGGUGGAUGUUGCGUGACAAUGUGA